GGAAAAGGCUCUGCUGGCACACAAAGGACUUGUGAUAUCACUGUGAUUUUGUUUCAUUUGCAACUGGAGACUAAAUGACACCAAGCAGAACCUGCUGUUAGGUUAGAUUACAAGGACACUCUGAGACACACAAAACCAUGCAGGCUACAUCAUUAGUCUAUUAUUUCCUGCUUGUGUCACAGUGCAUUGAUUUUUCUCAAAAUGAAACCAGCGCACUUCUCAGGAGGCAAAGGAGAACACACUACAGAGGACUGGGAAGGAGUUCCUCAGCAGGGCACAGGUCCCCAAGACAGCCAAGGAUGAAGCUUCCAGCUCCCGUGGCUGUAGUACCCAGCAUACAUCUUAUUAAUAUUGAUGACGGUGUUAUGGGAGUAUUUGACUCUCUCAUAGGUUUGGGUGGACAUGAAUCUAGUUACAGUGUCUUACCAGGAAAGAAGGGGUAUUGCACAGCUAACGGGACAAUCAUGUAUGAUAAAGCCGUUUGGUCUCCCAAGCCCUGCAUUACGUGUCUCUGUUCAAAAGGAGAAGUGAUAUGUGAUACAACCAUGUGCCACCCUCUGAAAUGUUCCACAACUAUUAUACCUGCAGGAGAAUGCUGCCCAGUUUGCUCUGACACUGCCUCCUCUUUGGAUUCAAGUAUGAUCUCACUGGAUGACAUAAGUGAGUUGUCUGGUGAUUCUCCAGAACCCAAUGACCUUGACAACACCAAUGUAUUGUCAUCAGCACGUACUCAAACUGAAAAAAAUGAACUGCUUAGAACAGAAGUGGCAGAGUUUAAAGAGAAAGAGGGUCGUAAAAAAGAUGGAAAGAAAAGAAAAAGGAAGGGCAAAAAAAAUGGACGGAGGUAUAAAGCCUAUCACAGAGAAAAGGAUCCUAGCACACGAAAUGGGGCUGUAGAAGAAGAAUUACAACAUGAAAGUGAUGAAGAUGAUGGUACUUUCAGAAUGCCAUUGCAUUUCCCAAUUCCUGUUCCACCCAUAGAAGCUCCUCCUUUGCCAUCUGGAUGCUCCACCUCGGACACUACAGUAAGCUGCAUUAAUGCCAAACUUACACAAAUACCACCAAUCUCAGAUCCACAUCUAACAAGUCUAGACCUUACAGGAAAUAGUAUCACUACUGUCUCAGAUGAAGCUUUCAAUGGGAUACCUAAUUUGGAAUGGAUUGAUCUGAGUAAAAAUAAUAUUACCUCUCCUGGCAUAGGUCCACAAGCAUUCAAAAUCCUGAAAAAGCUAAAACGCUUGUAUUUGGACGGAAAUAUGCUAGCGCAUAUUCCAUCUGAAUUGCCAUCAACCCUGGAAGAAAUAAAAAUAAAUGACAACCACCUUCAUGCCAUUGAUGAAGACGGCUUACAAGAUUUAAAGAACUUGGUCACCCUGGAAUUAGAAGGAAAUAAACUUAGUGAAGCGAAUGUCAGUCCUUUGGCCUUUUAUCCUUUGAAAAGUCUCUCUUAUUUGCGACUGGGAAGAAAUAAAUUUAGAAUUAUCCCACAAGGUCUUCCUGCCACUCUUGAGGAGUUAUACCUUGAAAAUAAUCAAAUUGAAGAAGUGUCAGAAAUUUGCUUUAACCAUACAAGAAACAUAAAUGUCAUUGUGCUAAAGCACAACAAAUUAGAAGAGCACAGAAUAGCACCCUUGGCUUGGAUAAACCAAGAGAACUUGGAAUCAAUUGACCUCUCUUAUAAUAAGUUAUAUCAUGUUCCUUCCUAUCUGCCAAAAUCCUUACUACAUCUGAUACUUAUAGGAAAUCAGAUUGAAAGAAUUCCAGGAUAUGUCUUUGGUCACAUGAAGCCAGGGCUGGAGUAUCUCUACCUGUCCUUCAACAAACUUACUGAUGAUGGAAUAGAUCCAGUCUCGUUUUUUGGAGCAUAUCAUUCUCUGAGAGAGUUGUUUUUGGAUCACAAUGAAUUAAAGUCUGUACCAUUUGGAAUUGGUGAAAUGAGAAAAUUACGUUUUCUAAGACUGAACAACAAUAAAAUAAGGGCAGUCCCUCCAGAAUGCAUCUGCAGGACUCAUAUCAAUGACGAUGAUGUUCAUGACAACAGCGAAGAGAAGGAGAAUGAAGACUCACGUUUGGAACAUGUUCAUCUUGAAAACAACUAUAUCAAUACAAGACAGCUAUCACCACAUGCAUUUUCAUGCAUAAGAUCCUAUUGCAGUGUUGUUCUUAAACCACAGAAGAUCAAAUAA